AUGUCAUCUACAGCUACACCACAAGAGAAAGAAACAGCACAAAAAAUUAUACCAACUUCAUCACAAAAUUUAUUAAAUGAUAAAUGGGAUGUUGUAUUAUCAAAUACUUUAAUUAAAACUGGAUUAGGUUUUGGAGGAGGUGUAUUAGCUUCAAUAUUGUUUUUUAGAAGAAGACAAUGGCCUGUAUGGUUAGGUAUUGGAUUUGGAUUAGGUAGAGGAUAUAGUGAAGGUGAUGCAAUUUUUAGAUCAAAUCAUGGAUUAAGAACUGUAAAAGCUUAA